ACGGUUAUAUGCAAAUAUACGCAACAAUCUAGGAUGAAUUUAGAAGCAUACUGUUGAGCGGGAAAAAAGUUGCAGACGAUUAUGUAAUAACAAACUAUGCUUGUAAAGCUCAAGUUUACCAUAUUAAACAUACAUGUACCUACGCUAAACUUUUAAAAGCAAAGGAAUAAAUCCAAAAUACAAGAGAGCGUUACCUCUGGAGAAAAGCAAGGGGAUUGGAUCGGAAAAGACACACGUAAUUUUAACAAUACCGGCAAUAUCCUAGUUCUAAAAUUACUGGUCGGUUCCCGUGAGUAAAGUGCUUGUCUGUUACAUCUAUUUAUGUACCAAAAAAGAGUUUAAGUUUCUAAACGACAUCCCGCGUGCAUAACGAAAGAACAGAAGUCUCGGGCCUUUAUUAAAAUAACUUCUCCAAACACUUGACUAGACGCCGGUAUCGCAUCCCCUAGCCUAGACGGGGCAAGCCGCCCUUCCAAGCUCCAAACUGCCCACAGUCACUUCCGCCUCUGCCUCCUUAGCUCCGCCCACCUGAGCGGAAGUACUUUCCUCUCGGGUCCUCCGGCCUGUAGGGGGCUCUCCCAGGCUUUUAAUGCCACGAAGGCCUCCCGCCUGGGCUGUCCCUGCGGUGCCUGUUCGCUUAGUUUUAAAAACACUUUUGCGUUAUCACUUUUUCGGCCAGAUAAAAAUCGCACAGGCAUCUUAGUGUGGACAUUCACGUUCAAACUCAGUCCAGGCCGAGGUGCUGCAUCGUCAAACCUUGACGCAGUGGUGGGUAGGAGUCAGGCGGAGUGGGGACAGCCCCGGAGUGCCGAAAGGCCCCGGCCCGCUUCCUCCGGUGAAGACGUAGCUGCGGGUGGCUGUGGUGGCGGCGUCCAAGAUGUCGACCAAGAAUUUCCGAGUCAGUGACGGUGACUGGAUUUGCCCUGACAAAAAAUGUGGAAAUGUAAAUUUUGCUAGAAGAACCAGCUGUAAUAGAUGUGGUCGGGAGAAAACAACUGAGGCUAAGAUGAUGAAAGCUGGUGGCACUGAAAUAGGAAAGACACUUGCAGAAAAGAGCCGAGGCCUAUUUAGUGCUAAUGAUUGGCAGUGUAAAACCUGCAGUAACGUGAAUUGGGCCAGAAGGUCAGAGUGUAACAUGUGUAAUACCCCAAAGUAUGCUAAGUUAGAAGAAAGGACAGGAUAUGGUGGUGGUUUUAAUGAAAGAGAAAAUGUUGAGUAUAUAGAAAGAGAAGAAUCGGAUGGUGAAUAUGAUGAGUUUGGACGUAAAAAGAAAAAAUACAGAGGGAAGGCAGUUGGUCCUGCAUCUAUUUUAAAGGAAGUUGAAGAUAAAGAAUCUGAGGGAGAAGAUGAGGAUGAGGAUGAAGAUCUUUCUAAAUAUAAAUUAGAUGAGGAUGAGGAUGAAGAUGAUGCUGAUCUCUCAAAAUAUAAUCUUGAUGCCAGCGAGGAAGAAGAUAGUAAUAAAAAGAAAUCUAAUAGACGAAGUCGCUCAAAGUCUCGAUCUUCACACUCACGGUCUUCAUCACGCUCAUCCUCCCCCUCAAGUUCAAGGUCUAGGUCCAGGUCCCGUUCAAGAAGUUCUUCCAGUUCGCAGUCAAGAUCUCGUUCCAGUUCCAGAGAACGUUCGAGAUCUCGUGGGUCGAAAUCAAGAUCCAGCUCCAGGUCCCACAGGGGCUCUUCUUCCCCACGAAAAAGAUCUUAUUCAAGUUCAUCAUCUUCUCCUGAGAGGAACAGAAAGAGAAGUCGUUCUAGAUCUUCUUCAUCUGGUGAUCGCAAAAAAAGACGAACAAGAUCACGGUCACCCGAAAGGCACCACAGGUCAUCUUCUGGAUCAUCCCAUUCUGGUUCCCGUUCAAGUUCAAAAAAGAAAUAAUGUAUUAAAAUUUACAUCUUAAAAAAAAUCCAGUACAGUGCAUGAAGCAUAUUUUUUAAGAAGUUGGUGUCUUACUUGGUCAGAAGUGCUAAAUCUGCUAGUAGAGGUGCAUGCCUUCAUUGCUUUUCAGAACAAUACAGCUGUGUUUAUUUGUGAACUUAAAAGUAAAUAGUAUUUUAAGCCAUAAUGUCCCUAAAUAGAUGCUCUAUUUAUCAUUUAUUAUUUACAACCAUUUGCUUCAUUUAAAACCAUCUCAGCUAUAAGAAAGUACUUUGUUCCUAAUUUGAACUCUUGUUUUCUCAUUUCCAAGUAUGCACUGUCUGUUGACUUAAGACAGGAUUACCUAGUCUCGCCUGAUGUUUGGGCAUGGAGGCAAGACUGCGGUAAAGUAACUGGAGACAGUCUGUGUGUUAAUACUGGAAAAGAAGUCAUCCUGUUUAUGUUAACCUGCAUCAAAGUGAUUCUUAAUCAGAUAAACUAGUUGUAAGACAGCCAUAUGGAGACCUCUUUAUUUUGAAAUUCCCUAUGCUAAGGGUGCCUUAGAAUCAUUGUCUCACUUUUAUCCAGUUUUACUUUUUGCACCACCACAUUUAAUGUAGAAAAAUCUUGUGAAUUGCAGAAGGAGAAAUGUGUUGUUCAUUUCUCCCCUUCUGAUGUGAUUUUGAGCAAGAAUGUGUUUCUAACAGUUCACCUCUUCUCUACUGAUAUGGUUGUCUAAUGAGAAAAACAUCUUAUUUCAAAAUGUUUAUCUUAAUAUUUUAAGAAGCUUUGUGCGGUAUCCUUUAAAAAGGCAGUGAAUCUCAUAGGGUAGACAAAGCUAAAUCAUAGUUAAUGAAGAACAAAUUGAAGAAAGCUUCUGAAGUAUAUUUCUCUUUGGGUGAAAGAUGAACAGAGACAAUUGUGAAUUUAAAUGAAUAUUUGCCUUGAGAUGUUUAGCUUUGAACAGACUGCAUCACAUUUUCUUCUGAGUAACAAAUGGAUGCCUGUUUUUCUGCAUGACAUAAGCAGAAAUAAUUGUUGUUCCUAUUCACUUAAAAUUACUUAUGGCUUAAAAUACUUUCAGAGUUUGUUUUAUUUUUCAAAAUUAAAAUCUGGUCACUUGAGUUCCAUUUUGUCUUCUGGUUUUAAAAAGAAAAAGGCUUCUCUUAACAGUAUCUUCAGUGACAAUACAAGGUAAGUAUAUUAAGGGAAAUCAACACUUGUGCUUGGGGACCUUUUGUCAUGGGGAUAAAUACCCACUUUUUCUUGUUUUUUCCCCUUUAACAGUAGUGUCUGCUACAAUUAAAAUGUUUUGAGGUAUUUAGUAGACAGACCAAACAGAAGUAUAUUUGUUUUUUAUUUUAAAAUGAGUGAUUUUUCUCUCAACUGAUCUAAAGAUAAAAGCAAAUAUCUUAUGUAGAAGUAUUUUGAUAAUAUUUUUACAGUGAACUUCCCCUUGUUUUUUAUGUCUUAAUUUUCUUUGCUACGUUUACUGUAGGUUGCACAAGAACUUUUACUCUCUUGUAAUUGUGCCUCAGACUUCUUGAAAGUCUACCUUCUAAAUUGCCCAGAUGAUCUUCUAGAUUCUAUAUGUUACCGUUGGUUUAUUCUUGUGCUUUCUGUAUUUAAAACUUCGGCUGUGCUAAGCAAAUGCAAGGUUAUAAAUUUAGCUUAAUAGUAGUUUACGGACAAUUCAGAUGAUUAUGAUUUCAUUUGGUUUAAACUGUACUAGUUCAUUUCAUAAGGAAAUGAUGCUGUAGAUGAAUGUAAAUAAAGCUUGUGAGUCAAGCAUAAAGUGGUGUUUGUUAGAAAUAAACUAGAAUUUUUAAGCUCUGA